AUGGUAACUUCCAACAGCGCAACGAGCUGCAGCAGCAGCAGCAGCAGCAGCAGCAGCAGCAGCAGCAGCAGCGGGAGCCUUUGCUGCUGCAGCCACAGCCGCUGCAAGCUGUGCGGAUUGCCAGCGGGAGUGCUCGUGUUGCUUCUCGAUUUGCUGCCAGCAGCAGACAUCAAUGCUCUCUGCUGCUGCUGCUGCGCUGCUGCUGCUGCUCUCCUGGACCCUGUAGCACUGAGGCGGCUGCAGCGCGACUUCGGGAUUUCAAGACUCCCGCUGCUGGCGCCAGCAGCAGCAGCAGCAGCAGCAGCAGCAGCAGCAGCAGCAGCAGCAGCAGCAGCAACACCAGCAUCAUCAGCACCAGUAGGAGCAGCAUCUGCCCCAGCAACAACCGCAGCAAAGGCAUCGCCAGACGCAGCAACAGCAGCAGCAGCAGCAGCUGCUGCUGCUGCUGCUGCUGCUGCCGAUUUUACACGGCCAAAGCUGACUGAAGGGCAUGCUGCUGCAAGAAGCCCCUCAUCUGAGGGGCCCCCCGAGGGCCCCCUGCAGCAACACAGACUCCGGGUUGAUGGCCCACCGAACAGCAGCAGCAGCAGCAGCAGCAGCAACAGCAGCAGCAGCAGCAGCAGCAACAGCAGCAGCAGCAGCAAGGCUUCUGGGAGCUCAUCUUGUCGCUGCUGCUGCCAACUGGAAGCAGCUAGGGCAGGGAAUGCAGCAGCUGAGGUGUACAGACAGCUCUGCAAGAACCGCGCAGCAAAUGUGCAGCUCCUGGAGGCCCUCCAGUACGACUACCACAGCAGCAGCAGCAGCAGCAGCAGCAGCAGCAGCAGCAGCAGCUGUUGUGCUGCAGCAGCAGCUGCGAGGCCCACGGCGAUUGUCCCAGGAGCAGUGGCGGACCCCACAGCUGCUGCAACAGCAGGGGAAACUCGCGCCUGCAGAGUCGUGCUGAGCAGUAGCGCAGCAGCAGCAGCAGCAGCAACAGCAGCAACAGCAGCAGCAGCAGCAGCAGCAGCAAGUGCAGCAGCGGCCAAGCCUUAUGGAGCCUGCAUCUUGUUAGAGUCCGACCAGCUUGUUGCUCCUUGCAUGGCCCCCUUUGUAUUUUCGCGGCGCUGCAGUUCCUCUGCAGCAGCAACAGCAGCAGCAGCAACAGCAGCAGCAGCAACAGCAGCGGCUGCUGCUGCUGCUGCUGAGGGGCAGGUAGCGGAGCUGCUGGAGUGGCACAUCUUUGGCUGCCUCUUUUUUCCUGCUGCUGACGAAGGGCCUGCUGCGCUUCUUGUGGCAGUAGAUGCUGCAAGAGGCCCCACAGCAGCAAUGCACACGCUGCAGCAGCAGCAGCAGCAGCAGCAGCAGCAGCAGCAGCAGCAGCAAGAAUUACUGCUGCAGCUCUUCCACCUGUCGAGUCUCCGUGCUCAGCGACUCGCCGCGGAAGUUCCCUUAGGUGACCUCACCCGCGUCACUUGCUGCUGCUACUUGGCUAGGGUUGUCCCACAGCAGCAGCAGCAGCAGCAGCAGCAGCAGCAGCAGCAGCAGCAGCAGCACCAGCACCAGCAGCAGGAGCAAGAGCACAAGCUCACUCAAGAGACAGUUGUUGCUGCGUGGGAUGCAGUUGCCAGGCGUUUUAUUAUCGUGCAGCUGAGACCUUCCUACAUGCAGGAGCUGCAGCAGCAGCAGCAGCAGCAGCAGCAGCAACAGCAGCAGCACCAGGGCCUGCAGCAGCAGCAGCAAAUCGUCCCUGUAGAAGCCUUAAAUGCGUCUGCGGCUUCAGCGUCUGUAGGGCGAGGCAUGGAAGAAUCCACCUUGGAAAUCUCAGCAGCAGCAGCAGAGGCUGCAGCAGCAGCAGCAGCAGCAGCAGAAGCAGCAGCUGCUGCUGCAGGCCUCCCCGUCAGCAGCAGGUGGUCAUAUAUUCCUUACCUGUCUUCUCACUUCAGCGGGUCACCUCUCCCAGUUUGCAUGCAGUGGGUGCAGCCCCGCUGCACUGCAGCAGCAGCUAAGCAGCAGCAGCAGCAGCAGCAGCAGCAGCAGCAGCAGCAGCAGCAGCUGCAGUGCAUCUUCGCGCAGCGGCUGCCGCCGCUGCUCGUGGGGUUUUCUGACGGGUCCAUCUCGCUGCUGACUUUGCCAGAAUUGGAGGAAUUAAAGCUUCUGGGCCCCACAAGUGGAGGCCCCCCUCGCCUGUCGGAGUUCGUAGGCGGCCGAGGUCUCUGCAGCUGGGAUGAUUUGCUGCUGCUGCUGCAGGUUGAGUGCCACUGCAGCAGCAGCAGCAGCAGCAGCAGCAGCAGAAGCAGCAGCAGCAGCAACAGCAGCUACGGCGACGAUGGGAAUCUUAGAGUUUAUCUUCUGAGCUACUGCAGCACCUCUGAAGUGGUAGCAGAAGCAGCAAAAGGGAGCGCUGCUGCGCGAGCUGCUGCUGAAGAUGCUGCUGCACCUGCAGCAGCUGCAGCAGCCGCUGCUGCUGCUGAAGAUGCUGCUGCACCUGCAGCAGCUGCAGCAGCCGCUGCUGCUGCUGCAGGCGCACGUCAGGGGGAUGCCGUUGAGGAUGCCGCUGCAGCUGCAACUGCAUCAACUGCAGCAGCAGCAGCAGCAGCAGCAGCAGCAGCAGCAACUGCAGCAGACAGUACAUCGACGGCAGCCAGGAGCUCCAGCGAAGAGGCCGCGUAUGAACUGCAGCAGGAGGAACUUUUUGUGCUUUUGAUGCAGCUCAAUUUCAACGGAGAAACAGCAACUGUGACAAUGCGGCGCCCCUCCUGCAUUUGCUUCCUUGACAUACGCCGCGGGGUGCAGCAGCAGCAGCAGCAGCAGCAGCAGCAACAGCAGCAGCAGCAGCAGCAGCAGCAGCGGGUAAGCGAUUCACGUGGCGCAAGUGGACCCUUUGAGAGACUCCGAGCCGCAGCACGAAGAGCUGGAGCGGUACUUCCUGAGCCAGCCAGAGACGGGACGGGUGUUGGAGCAGCAGCAGCAGCAGCAGCAGCAGCAGCAGCAGCAACAGAAGCAACGGCAGCAGCAACAGACGCGAGGGGGGUCAGAUGGCUGCUGCAGUGGGGUGUACCUCCACCUCAGCGCGCUCUCCUUGCACUCGCCUCUUUGUCUCUUUCCCUAAGGAAGCAGCCAGACCAGCAGCAGAAGCAGCAACCCGCAGCAUCUGCAGCAGCAGCAGCAGCAGCAGCAGCAGCAGCAGCAGCAGCAGUAACGCUGAAGCCCCGGCUGGCCUGCUGCGCCUCACAGCCAAUUGGCUGUGUCGUUGCUGAUGAGCAGUGCUGCGCCUUCGCCCUUGAAGGCUCUCCAGCCCUUUAUAUUAAACCCAUAGAAGAGGGGCCCCCAGCAGGGGGCCCCCCUGAAGGGGGCCCCCCAGCAGGGGGCCCCCCUGAAGGGGGCCCCCCUACAGGGGGCCCCCCUACAAGGGGCCCCCCUACAGGGGUCCCUCCUACGGGGGCCCCCCCUACACAGGCCCCUCCUUCGGGGGCCCCCCCUAGAGGGGCCCCUCCUUCUAGGGGGCCCCCUGAAGGGGGGCCCCCUGGAGGGACUCCUCCUUUUGGGGGGCCCCCUGCAGGGGGCCCCCCUAGAGGGGCCCCUCCUUUUAGGGGGCCCCCUAGAGGGGCCCCCCCUCCGGGGGGCCCCCCCAGAGGGGCCCCUCCUACGGGGGGCCCCAGAGGAGAGGGGCCCUUGGGGCCCAGGUUGGACUGGCGGGGGGGGCUGAGGUGUAUAGACACCCGAGCAGUGAACCCCCCAGGGCUGCUGGGGGCCCCCUCGCUGCUGUCUCGUUCGUGGCUUGUGGGGAGAGCAGCAGCAGCAGAAGUGCAGCAAAUGGCGCUGCAGCAGCUGCAUGUUGUGGGGCCCUUUCUUGUUGCUGCUAGGAGGCACGAGCGGCUGCAGCUGCUGCUGCUCCCGCUGCAGUGCCAGCAGCACCUGCUGCCACCCACACCCCGCCCGCUGCAGCAGCAGCACGAGCAAUCAGGCGCGCUUGCUGCUGCUGCUGCUCCUGCUGCUGCUGCUGCUGCUGCUGCGACACAGUGGGGCAGCUAUGACUGCAGCCAAAGCUUGGUCAUUCUGAAAUCCUCCAGGAUUCCCCAUCAAAAUCUGCUGCAGGGGAGCCAGGAUCCUCAGGAUCGUCUCAAAGAGAUGCAGCAGCAGCAGCAGCAGCAGCAGCAGCAGCAGUGGGAGCUGCAGCAGUAG